ACAAGGAGUCUUCAAAACGCGCAAGACUCGUAUACCAUCACACCCCAAAGAAGUUGAAGAAGAUAUUUAUGCUUUUCUGCAGGAGCUAGAGCUCAUUUCAUGUUCUUCAUUUCGAUCCGGAGCCUAGUUUUAUGUAAUUUAUGCUUUUCCCACGGAUCGAGCAUGUAGAUUCAGCUCAAUAUUCGCGUUCUCGACCCUAAUCAGUUUGAGUGAAAUGGCGAAUCCACCUAAUGUGGAGCUGGAAGCGGCAAAAUUCUUGCAUAAACUUAUUCAAGACUCUACAGAUGAGCCAACAAAGCUGGCAACAAAGCUUUAUGUGAUUUUGCAACACAUGAAAUCUAGUGGGAAGGAGAAUUCAAUGCCCUACCAAGUAAUAUCUAGGGCCAUGGAGACUGUGAUUAAGCAAAAUGGCCUUGACAUUGAAGCUUUAAUGUCAUCAAGGCUCCCUCUCGCUGCUGGACCACAAGCAGGAGAAUCUGGAUCAUCCCAUGUUGCAGGUUCUUCACAGAGGACGGGGGUUAUAAAGGACCCCAAGUCAAGCUUGACUGCAAAUGAGAUGUCUAAAACUGAUUCCUAUAGCUCAGGCGUGUCGCUUGUUGGUCCAACUGCUGCUGGGCAUGAUAUAUAUCAAGGAUCAGCCAAUAUGAUGGGUGGAGCUGGCAAGGUACGUGGACUGACACCUGGUGCUACUGCUUCAUAUCAGCCAGUAGAAGCAGGGAUGUCAGUACCUAUGCAGUUUGCAAGUUCUUCAUUUGCUAAUCAGGGUUUUGCUGCAAAGAUGAAUAAGGAUGGAAUGGAAGCUUUUGCAGCUGCACCAUCAAUGGAUCUUUAUGCAGGCAAGAACAUUGCUGGAAAGAUAAUGGAACAUGAAGGAACCAGUCUACCUAUUCCUAAUAAGUUAAAUCAGGGGGCAAUUCCAAGUAACGUUCCAGAAACAAGUAUGAUACCAAGUUCAGCUUUAAGAGAUACUGGAAAAUCUCCUGUUGCUCAGGCUCCUGUUUCUGGCUUGCCUUUUAAGGAACAUCAUCUGAAACAGCUUAGAGCUCAAUGCCUUGUGUUUUUAGCUUUCAGAAAUGGUUUGAUGCCGAAGAAACUUCAUCUUGAAAUUGCUCUUGGAAACUUCUUCCCUAAAGAAGAAGGAGCUCGCAAAGAAAUGAUUGAUCAUAAAGGGAAAGAGCUGUCUGUUAAUGAACCGACAACUGGAGUGCUUGAUAACACAAGGGGUGCACUUUCUACAGGGCCUCAAGCAGGAGGAAAUUUUUUAAAAGAUGCCGAUAAUAAUGCAAGCAUGAAGGAAGAUAAAAGUGGUUACCAUGCCAUGCCAUCUGAACAUGCUGAAGAUAGCAGACAGCAUUCAGCUUUAAGAAGGAGAUUGGAGGCUGAAAUGCCAAAGCAAGAAACAUCAGAAUCACAGGCAUCUUCACUCAGAGGUAUACAAUCUGAUUCUAAUUCAAGGAGUAUACCUGUUAGUAUUCAUGAGGAUGAUUCAGGGAACAAUCAUCAACAAAUUGUAAUUUCACACCAUGCUCCCUUAGUCACGGGGAGAAGUAAGACAAUGAAGCAUGAUGUAAGUUUUUGGAAUGGAAAUGGAUGCCAAAUGGAGGCUUCAGGUCUGACACAUGCAUCACAACAACAAAGAAAAGAGAAUUUUGCUAAUCAAUGUCAGAAUGCCGCUGAAAGCAAUGGUCUAGGACAUCGAGAUACCGAUAGUGACUUGCCUAGUGUACCAUUAAGGGAACAGUGGAAACCUAUUUCAGGAAUGGAUGGCCAAAAUAACAUACUAAUGCCGGUGAAGGAUUCUGAUAUAGUACUAAGAAAUGUUUUGCCAGCACAAGAAACUGAUACAGAAGAGGAAGAUGCUCCUGCAAAUGCUGAUAGGCCUCCAUCUCCAAAGUAUACAACAUCAGAAAAAUGGAUAUUGGAUCGACAGAAAAGGAAACUUCUCAAUGAGAAAAUGUGGGCAUUGAAACAGCAGAAAACAGAGCAGAAAAAGAUUGCUGUUUGUUCUGCCAAGCUAAAGGAAAGUGUGAGUUCUUCUGAAGAUAUUUUUGCUAAAACAAAAAGUGUGAUUGAAUUGAAGAAGCUUCAGUUAUUGGAAUUGCAACGUCGUCUUCGGAGUGACAUUUUGAAUGACUUUUUCAAACCAAUAGCACCUGAAAUGGACCGUCUCAAGUCGAUCAAAAAACAUAGAAUUGGAAGGAGAUCAAAACAACUUGAGAGGUAUGAACAGAAAAUGAAGGAAGAGCGACAAAAGAGAAUUCGUGAGAGGCAGAAGGAAUUCUUCAGCGAAGUAGAGGUUCAUAGGGAAAGACUGGAAGAUGUAUUCAAAAUGAAAAGAGAACGCUGGAAAGGUUUCAAUAAGUAUGUGAGGGAAUUCCAUAAGAGGAAGGAACGCAUACAUCGAGAGAAGAUUGAUAGGAUCCAGCGUGAGAAGAUUAAUUUAUUAAAAAUCAAUGACGUUGAGGGGUAUCUUCGGAUGGUCCAGGAUGCCAAAUCAGAUCGUGUAAAACAACUACUUAAAGAGACUGAAAAAUAUCUUCAAAAGCUUGGAACCAAACUGCAGGAAGCAAAGUCAAUCGAUGUAGAUGAGAGCAGAACAGCUACUACUGUGGAGAAAAAUGAGAUUUCAGUUGAGAAUGAAGAUGAAACAGACCAAGCAAAGCAUUACUUGGAAAGCAAUGAGAAAUACUAUAUGAUUGCUCACAGUGUAAAAGAGAAUGUAUUGGAGCAGCCAACCAUUCUUGUGGGUGGGAAAUUAAGAGAAUACCAAAUGAAUGGGCUUAGGUGGCUGGUUUCACUUUACAACAACCAAUUGAAUGGUAUUCUUGCUGACGAAAUGGGCCUUGGUAAAACUGUUCAGGUUAUUUCUCUUAUGUGUUACCUCAUGGAGACUAAAUAUGAUAGAGGACCGUUUUUAGUAGUUGUGCCUUCUUCUGUGCUACCUGGGUGGGAGUCAGAAAUUAGCUUCUGGGCACCAGGCAUCCACAAAAUUGUGUAUUCUGGACCACCAGAGGAGCGGCGUAGGCUAUUUAAGGAACAAAUUGUUCAUCAGAAAUUUAAUGUUCUAUUGACGACAUAUGAGUAUUUGAUGAACAAGCAUGACAAGCCAAAACUGAGCAAAAUACAAUGGCGUUAUAUCAUCAUCGAUGAAGGGCAUCGUAUAAAGAAUGCUUCCUGCAAGUUGAAUGCGGACUUGAAGCACUACAGAAGUAAUCAUAGAUUGCUGUUGACUGGAACUCCGCUGCAGAACAAUCUUGAGGAGCUUUGGGCACUGCUCAACUUCUUGCUGCCAAAUAUUUUUAAUUCUUCAGAGGACUUCUCCCAGUGGUUUAACAAACCUUUUGAGAGUAAUGGCGACAAUUCUCCUGAUGAGGCUUUACUAUCCGAGGAAGAGAAUCUUUUGAUCAUAAAUCGCCUUCAUCAAGUUUUACGUCCAUUUGUCCUUCGGCGAUUGAAGCACAAGGUUGAAAAUCAGUUGCCUGAGAAGAUUGAGAGAUUGAUUAGGUGUGAAGCAUCUGCCUAUCAGAAACUUUUAAUGAAGAGGGUAGAAGAGAAUCUUGGUGCAAUUGGAACAUCAAAGGCCCGAUCGGUGCAUAACUCUGUGAUGGAGCUCCGGAACAUCUGCAAUCACCCCUACCUUAGUCAACUUCAUGUAGAAGAGGUUCAUGACUGGAUACCGAAGCAUUAUCUGCCAACCUUUAUAAGACUUUGUGGGAAGCUUGAGAUGCUAGAUCGCUUAUUGCCCAAACUAAAGGCAACUGAUCAUCGGGUUCUUCUUUUCUCAACAAUGACUAGGCUGCUUGAUGUCAUGGAGGACUAUCUUUGCUGGAAGCAAUAUAAGUAUCUACGCUUAGACGGACACACAUCUGGAGGUGAUCGAGGAGCGCUGAUUGAGCAGUUCAAUCAACCUGGUUCUCCAUUUUUUAUAUUUUUACUUAGUAUUCGAGCUGGAGGUGUUGGGGUUAAUCUCCAAGCUGCUGAUACUGUGAUAAUUUUUGACACAGAUUGGAAUCCUCAGGUUGAUCUGCAAGCACAGGCAAGAGCUCAUAGGAUUGGACAAAAGAGAGAUGUUCUUGUUCUUCGACUUGAAACGGUUCAAACUGUAGAGGAACAAGUAAGAGCUUCAGCAGAACACAAACUAGGAGUUGCAAAUCAGAGCAUCACUGCCGGCUUUUUUGAUAAUAAUACCAGUGCAGAAGAUAGAAGAGAAUACUUGGAGUCCCUUCUGCGGGAGUGCAAGAAGGAAGAAGCUUCACCUGUUUUGGGUGAUGAUGCUUUGAAUGAUCUUAUAGCCCGCAGUGAAUCAGAAAUUGAUAUAUUUGAAUCGGUCGACAAAAAAAGGCGAGAAGAAGAGAUGGGGGCAUGGAGGAAGCUGGUCAUAGAGAGUGGGGCUGAAGAUCGUGAGUGCUUACCUCCCUUGCCUUCUCGACUUCUCACUGAUGACGACCUCAAAUUAUUCUAUGAAGCAAUGAAGAUAUCUGAAGCACCACCACAAGUGGUGGCUUCUAAUAGUGGAAUGAAAAGGAAGAGUGAUUACCUUGGGGGCCUUGAUACUCGCCAGUAUGGAAGAGGAAAACGAGCGAGAGAGGUACGAUCCUAUGAAGAGCAAUGGACUGAGGAAGAAUUUGAAAAAAUGUGCCAAGCUGAUUCACCAGGAUCCCCUCAAGUGAAGGAGGAGAUCAUAGAAAAGAAAUUGUCAGCCGUUAUUAGUGACUGUGUCAUGUUGACUGGUGAAACACAGGCACAGAUGCCACAGCAACCACUGAACCCUAUUGUUCAGCCAGCGGCAGAACCAAGCAAAGAGGUAACUCCACCAUCUAAACGCGGACGUGGUAGGCCAAGAAGAACACCAACUACUACGGAAUUAUUGCCCUCUCCAGGGGCUCUUCUAGCAUCUUCUGGAGUACAACCAAUGAAUGCUAUGCCCAAGACGGAAAAUGUCUCCUGCUCUCAGGUGGUUUCUCUUUCUGAAGGUUUGCAAGAUUUGGCUCCUGAGAACAGCUUCACUGUGACUGUCCAGCAAAUUGUCGUGGGAAGUGAUCCUGGAGUGCAGUCAGUUUCUCUACCUCCUGUUACUCCUGCAGUUCCGCCUACUACUCUUCCGUGCCCUUCCACACCUGUACAAGGAAGGGGCCGAGGUCGUAAGGCACAAUCUGCUGGAGAAGCCCCAAGACGUAGAGGUAAGAGACUGAAUACUGUAGUUGUUCCUUCUCCAACACUGACAGCAAUAAGCAAGCCUGAGUUUGAGACCCUGGUAGAAGGAGCUUCAAGCUCUUUGAGAGCCUGUAAUCCUGAUCCUGCAUCUCAACCUUCAAAUGCGGUACACAAUACUGAAAAACGGACUCUGGUUUCACAUGUUCCUCUUCUGUCAUCUUCUGCGAUGAGCAAAUCAGACUUGGGAUCUCAAGAAGUGUCUGUUUUGAACUCAACAAUGCCAGUUUCUGAUGCUUUUCCCUGCUCUUUGGUUAUGGCUGCUCCAAAUUCCUCAAGUAUACCUACUGAUGCUUUUCCUAGUUCUUUGGUCACUGCUGGUGUUACUCAACAAGAUCCCCUUGCAAGGACUGCUCUUGCUGUUAAUCCAGUCCCAGCUCCUCCUUUUCCUUCUGUUAUUUCUGGUUCACAGUCUACUGCCCUUGCCCAUCCUGCACCAGCGCGAGGCAGAGGACGAGGCUGCAAGGCUCAAAGUGGAGCAGAGGCACCUAGACGCAGAGGAAAGAGACAGAAUCUUCAAACACCUGUUUCUUUUGAAGUAUCAAUUGAUCAGGAUCCAAGAUCAGUUGAACCUCCUGAAAAAAAAUCCAGGGUGUCUGUUGGGAGGAGGCCCACCACGAGAAAUAAGCAGGAGCAUGAUGGUUUGAAACAGGCAAAUGUCUCGGUUCCUUCCCAAAGUAUUACUGAUUCUGUGAUUGGAAAAUUUGAUACUAGGCCAGAAAAUGGAGCUCAAAAACCAACGGACAUUACCCAGUUAGAUGCAUCUAAAAACUUUGUGGAUUCUGUUGGACCCCUUGUUGAUAAUAAGCAGGAUAAUGGAGUUUUGAAACCAGUUAAUAUUGUUCAAACAGUUGCAUCUCAAGGCAGUGCAGAACCUUCUUCCGAUGAAAUGAAUAAAGAUCAUGAGAAUCAAACUCAAGAUAAAACCAAUUCUAUACUGUCAAAUGCAUCUCAAAACAUGAAGUAUCUUCCUAUGGGUCAAGUUUGUGAUGGUAAACCAGAAAGUGAAGUGAGACUAAUAAACAGCGGCAACUCUGAUGCAUCCAGGGUAUUUACUGAUCCUCCCACGAUUAAAGAAGGUAAAGAUGAGACAGAAAGUGAAGGUAGGAGACUUAAAGAUAUCCAAUUGGAUUUAUCUACUGGAUUUGGGGAUUCUUCAGUCGCAAGCAUAAGCCAGUAUAAACAGGGGAAUACAGCUGAGAAAGAGAUGAACAUUAUACUGUCUGAUCCAUGUCAGAGCAGAGAAGAUGGUACCCCAGCCCAAGCUAGUGAGGCGGAGGAUAACAGAACCGAUAAAUCAGCUUGUGAUGUUGAGGCUGAUGCAUCUCAGUUCAUUGCAGAUCCUUCCAGGGGACACAGGCAGGAGAGUGAAGCCGAGGGGCAAGCAAAUACCGGUCAAAUGGUUGCAUCUCAAAGUUUUUUAGAUCCUGCUGGAGUACAAGUUAAUACUAGUGUGCAAAAGAAUGAUGCUCCCAUAGUGGAUAAUGUUGUGGAAUUGGAUUCAUCUCAAAAUAUUGCAUAUUCCCCAGCUGUUGAGGUCCAGGAUAAUCAGGGAACAGAAGCUCAGAAGGACAUUGAUAUUCAAUUGGAAACUGCUGCUAUACUUUCUGGAUCAGUUCCCAUAAUUGAGAGUGCAGAUGAUAGGUGUUGCUGUGAACAUAGGAAGGAAGUUGAGGAUGAGAUGGAAGAGGAGAACAGAACUGAUACAUCAGCUUGUGAUGUUGAGUCUCAUGCAUCUCAGUUCAUUGCAGAUCCUUCCAGGGGACGGGGGCAGGAGAGAGAAGCUGAGGGGCAAACAAAUACUGGUCAAACGGAUGCAUGUCAAAGUGUCUUAGAUCCUGCUGUUGUACAAGUUAAUGCAAGUUUGCAAAAGAAUGAUUCUCCCAUAGUGGAUAAUGUUGUGGAAUCAGAUUCACCUCGAAACAUUGCAGAUCCCUUAGAUGUUGAGUUCCAGGAUAAUCAGGGAACUGAAGCUCAGAAAGACACUGAUAUUCAGUCAGAUACUACUGCUAUACUUUCUGGGUCAGUUCCCAUAAUUGAGAGUGCAGGUGAUAGAUGUCGCAGUGAACGUGGGAAGGAAGUUGGGUAUGAGAUGGAAGAGGUGGAGAGCUCCUUUUUGGAUCUACAUCCAACUAUUUCAGCUUCAGUCACCCCAGUUUCUGGUCUGUUGCACAGAUCUGUUGAUCAAGCUAAAACUGAGGAACAGGUUGCAAAAGAUUCUUUUCCAGAUCCAGGCUGUGUGUCAGCUCCGCCAACAAAGGAAAAUGCAGCUCGAGAUAAAAACGUUGCUUUGAAAAAGUCUGAUGAUUUCUGUGCAGAACUUGAAACUAAAAAAGAAGAAAUCAAGGAGGCAGGUGUAAAUGAUUUUCUUGCCUUAAAGCCUGAGGUGGAUGCGAAAAUUCUCUUGCAAGAAAAUUCACAUUCUUUGGUGGUGGUUGAACCGAUUGUUGUAGCCUCAAGCUCUAGUGUGUGCAAUCCUGAAAAUCAAUCAGGUAAGGAGCGUGCAAAAAGUAAGUUUCUGGAUGAUUCCGUUGUUUCAGACCCUGGAUUGACUGAGAAUACAAUUUACUCUGACAAAGGUGCAGACAACCCACUUUUGCUGAUGUCAAGUGAUUCAGACCUUUUGACACUGAAUGAUCAAAGGUGUGAUGGUAAGACUUGUGCAACUGUACCAACUUUUGCAUCGAUGGGUUCAAGUGGUGCAGUUGUUAUGUUUGAAAAUCCAAGUGGAAAGCUUAGUGAUGGAGAAGUUGAGCAAAAGGGCUCUGUUGACAGAUCUCAAACCUCAGAUUUAUUGGAAGAGGGAACAACUGCUCCUGAUUCUGAGAUUUUGGAGGAUAUAUCUGAGAUUCAUUCUAAGAAAACAUUCCCCGAAGAGAACAAGAAGCAAGACAAUCUUCUGAGUCAGGAUUCUGUUUCAGUUUUAUUUUCUGCUGAGAAUGUGGCUUCUGUACUGGAUAAUGCUCAAAAUAAGUCACAGGAUAUAUGUCAAAAUGUAGAUGGAAAUGAUCCAGAGAGCAAAGGUUCUGGUUUGGAUGAGGUCGUCUUGUUCAAGCAUGAGUUGACUCGUGCUGGGGAAAUCAAGCAAAAGGAUUCUGCUUUUGAUGGACCCCAAACCUCAGAUUUGUUGAACGAGGCAAUAGCUGCUUCUGAUUCUGGGGCUUUGACAGAGAUAUCUCAUUGUGAUAAAAUUGCCACAGAUCAGUAUGAGAAGCAAGACACUGUUCCGUGUCAGGAUUCGAUUUCAGUUGUAUCUUCUAUUGAGAAUGUGGUUUCUGUUGUGGAUCAAGCUCCAGAAAACUCACAGGACACAUGUCAAAAGGAAGAUGGAAAUGACCUUAAGAGGAAAGCUACUGGUUUGGUUGAGGUUUCUGUAUUAAAGAAUGAGUUGACCAUGACACUGGAAACUUCAUCUCAAACUCUGAGAGCUUCAGAAGUGGCUCCGGUAUUAGAUACUACUGUAAAAGAAACUAGGAAUCAGGCCACAGAAGAGGAUGCUAAUGGACGGGGGAGUAAAGAUUCUUCUGUAAUGGAGUCUGUUGUUCCUAAGCCUGAAGUGUCAGAGGUUGAAGCUUGUCCUGGGAAAGCAGAUGCUGAAGGGCUUCAAAGCAGAGGCUGUUUUGUGGAGAGUGCCAAUGCUCCUGUUUCAAUGUAUGGCAUAGCAAAUAACCAAUCUUUGGUUCAAAAUACAUCCUCCACCCGUUCAUCUCUUGAAAUUGAAGAAGUGGUAGCUGAUCUUCCAAAUGAAGAAUGUGUGAAACAGGCUGAUGAUCAAUUUCAGGUGGGACAGGUUGGAACAACUAUAACUGAGGCUUUUGUUCCAGCACCUGAUAGCGGUGAUUUUGUUAGUAAAUCAUCAUCAAUGAUUGUUACUGAGCUAAGAGAGGAUUUUGAGGUGAAAAAAUCUUCAAUUACUUGUGAUGGAACAACUGAAGAGAAGUCUGAUUUUCAAGCUAGUGAAGAUUAUGCAACUGAAGUGCUAGAGACCAGGAAUAUGGAGGUUGAACCAGAUGCAAGCCUUGCAUUUGAGACCUUUAAGGGCAUAGAAGAGAGGGUUGUUUCAAAUGCUGAAAUAAAUGUCACCAGUCAUAGUCCCAAUGAAGGAAAAUCUGAAAAUUUGGUUGACUCCAAAAUUAUCGAAGAAAAGCCUGUGAAGGAUAUUGAUAGAGAAGUUACUGAAUUUACCGUGCAGACUAGCAACUUGAAGGAUGAUCUGCCUGAGAUGGCUGAGGUUGAUUGUGAUUCUAGAACAGAUGAUUCAGGAAAACAUGAAAGCCAAGACAGCAUACUAGAAAAGGACUCUGCUACAACUGCUAUGGUAAGUGGUGCUCAAACUUUGGAGGAAAUGACAUCCUCAACUUGUUUAGUGCUCGAGACAAACAGACUUAAUGGUAAUAAUGAGCAAUCUGAAAAUGAGGCAGACUUGCAACAUUUUGAAGAAAUCAUUCCAAUUAAUAUUAGUAAAGAGGUCAGUGUAUCCUGUAUGAAGAGUGUUAAUUUGAUUGAUGCUCUACCAGAGAUGGCUGUGGGUGAAGAUGAUUCUAAACGAGCUGAUUCUGAGAUACUUGCAGCCACUGACCACAUUCUAGAAAAUGUUUCUGUUUCAACACUUGAGGCAACUAGAGUGCAAAAUUUGGAGGAAACAACACCAUCAACCAUUUUAGUGCUUGAGACAGAAGGUUUAGUUGUUCAGCCUCCGAAAAAGAACUGCGACGAGCAAUCUGACAAAGAUAUCGAAAUGGUAGAAGAUGGAAGUGUCCCUGAUUUAAGCGCAUCUUCCAUUGCAGCAGCCGAGUGUUGUGAAAUUGAUACCAAGUCUGCUACUAAUUUGCUGGAGAAUAUGGUUGAUUCCAUACAGAGUGCUGAGGAAGAAGCAUCUCUGCCCUUGGAAAUAGCUAGUCAAGAUGUCACACCUGCUGAAGUGGCUGAGAAGUCCGAGAUUGGAUCUGGUAGAAAUUUUGUAGCUGAAGCACAUGGGAGCGAAAAUGCUGAAAUGGAUGACACUCUGGUUGCUGCUGCUGAAGCUAGUGAACCUAAACCUUAUGUGAACUUAGGGACAACUGAAAGUAAAGAUGCUUCUACUAAUAUGGAGAACAUGGCUGGUUUCAGACAGAACAUUGAGGAAGAAGCACCUCAGGCACCUCCAUCCAUGGAAAUAGCUAGUGAAGAUGUUACACCUGCUGAAACUCUUGCAGACAAGUCUGAGGUAGGAUCUGGAAGAGAUGAUGAUGAUGAAGUAAAAGGCAGCAAAAGGGCUGAACUGGUCAAAGUAGUAGUUACAGAUGCUGAAGCUAGUGAACCUCAACCUUGUAUGGAUGCUGGAGCACCUGAAAAUAAAGAUGGUUCUGCUAAUUUGUUGGAGAACAGGGUUAAUUCCAGACAGAGCAGUGAGGACGAGGCAUCCUCAUCGUUGGAAAUAGCUAGUCAGGAUGCUACGCCUGCUGAAUUUCUUGCGGAGAAGUCUGAGAUCGGAUCUGGAGGAGAUUUUGUAGCUGGAGUACAAGGAAGUGGAAGGACUCAACUGGACAAAACUGUUGUUGCAGAUGCUGAAACUAGUGAAACUCAACCUCACACUUAUGGGGAAGCCUCUGAAAGUGAAGAUAGUUCUGCUAGUUUGUUGGACAAAAUAGUUGAUUCCAGACAGAGCAUCGGGGAAGAAGCUUCUUUGUCCUCAGUAAUGGCUAGCCAAGAUGUUACACCUGCUGAAGUUUUUGUGGAGAAUUCUGAGAAUGGAUGUGGUAGAGAAUCUGUAGCUGCUGUACAAGGGACCAGUAGAGCUGAACUGGACAAAACUGUUGUCGCAUAUACUGAAGCUAGUGGACCUCAACCUUGUACAAAUCAGGGAGCAUCUGAAAGUAAAGAUGGUUUACAACAGCUUGUUGAAGAGUACUCGGACAUGGCUAGUGAUAUGUAGUCUUCGCUUCGGACAUGCCACAUUACAAUUCCUGUUUGGAAGCAUUUGGUCAAUUCGUGGGUGGCUUUUUCUUUCGGGUUGUGAUUCAAUUGUUGGUUGGCUUUGAGGCUCCAAAAAUCCUGCUCUGGUAUAGCUGUCCAUCUGUGUGUGCUCUAAUAAUUUCUAACAAUGUUUUCCAUGCACGAUACACUGAGGAGAGUUGGCUUGAAAGCAUGAUUAUUUUUCCCUGUUUUUCAUUAGAGUAUUUCCUUUCUGGUGGAAAUAAUUGCGCUAUUGUUUUCUUCUAGGUGGUUAAUUGCUAUUCUGUGGUUGGGACCGCAAAUGCCAUUUUGUUGAUUUGAUCACACAGCCACUUGGAUGGCUGUGAAUAUGAAGUCUCUCUCUCUCUCUCUCUCACAUGCUAUAAUUUGAUGGCCAUUAAGGCGGGAAGGAUCAGAUUUGCUAUUUGCUCUCCCAAAUUUUGUAGCUUGCUUGUACAUCUUCUCUGAACGGGAUUUUACUCUUUCCCUUGGGGAUGGAAAAAACAAACAUGUACUAAAACGCACAAAAAGCAUGUCUACAAAUCCUUGAUCGAGAGAAUGUAUUAUGUGCUUGUCGCUUUACAAAUCUGCAAAUUCAUGUGGUGUAUAGAUUUUCAUAUACUCUUGCCCCUUGUGUCACUGGCUUGGCGAAAUGUUUGUUGUUCCAAUUGUCUUCUCUCUCCCUCCAUUCCAGUAAAAGAGAAUAUUUGAACA